AUGGAUCACCAGGAGGAGCCGCCACGGAACUGCAAAGAACCCAGUGGGCAUGAACAGGGAGGUGGCUCAACAAAAAAGGCACCAGAACCAUCGACCGAGGAGGUAGGCUGGGAUGGGCCGACGGAUCCUGCACGACCGGUAAACUGGUCGCGUACAAAAAAAUGGUGGAAUAUGUGCGUUAUCUCAUAUCUCACCUUUCUCACCCCCUUGACUUCGUCGAUUGUCGCACCGGCACAGGGACUUGUGAUGAAAGACUUUCCUUCAGCCAACAGGACUCUGGCCUCCUUCGUUGUCUCCAUUUAUCUCGUCGGCUUCGCAGUCGGACCUCUUUUCCUCGCCCCGCUUUCGGAAAUCUAUGGCCGAUUGCGCGUCUACCAGGUCGGCACUUUAAUAUUCACGAUCUGGAAUAUCGCAGGUGCUCUCGCCCCUAACGUCAGUGCGCUUCUGGUCUUCCGUCUAUUCGCCGGGAUUUCUGGCAGCGGUCCGGUCACACUGGGUGCAGGCAGCGUCGCGGAUAUGUUUGCCCGACAGGAGCGUGGAGUCGCCAUGUCCAUCUAUGGGCUGGGCCCGCUCCUUGGCCCUGUCAUCGGGCCAAUCGCCGGUGGCUACCUUUCCCAGGCACAAGGUUGGCGAUGGGUUUUCUGGCUGCUAGCCAUUGUGUCCGGGAUUGCAGUCAUUCUCGUUGUUCUUGUUUUAUCCGAAUCUUACGAACCGGUUCUCUUGCGGAAGAAAGCGAGUCGAACUAGACAAGAGAACAGAUCUGUGGACGUGAACGCUGCGCACGCCCUGAAGCUGAGCUCUAGGGAGGUUUUCAUCCAGGCAAUAACCAGACCGACGAAAUUACUCUUUCUCACUCCAAAUGUCGCCUUGUUCUCGCUAUACACAGGAGUGGUUUUCGGCUACCUUUACCUGCUCUUUACAACGGUCACCGAAGUAUACGAAACCACCUACCAUUUCAGUCAAGGCGCCACCGGACUUGUGUUUAUCGGCAUUGGCGUCGGAGCCCUCAUUGGCAUUGCUUGCUUCGGUGCCCUGUCCGAUAAAAUCCAAAGCCUCCUCAUCGCAAGAAACAACGGCCAAGCGGAGCCGGAAUUCCGACUUCCGCCGCUCAUCCCGGGAAGUUUUCUUAUCCCUGUCGGUCUCUUCUGGUACGGAUGGUCCGCCCAGAUGCAUCUCCAUUGGAUAAUGCCCAUCAUUGGACUGGGCUGGGUUGGCUGCGGGAUGAUCGCUACCCUCCUCCCCAUUCAAGCGUACCUCGUUGACGCGUUUGGCGAGUACGCUGCCUCAGCAAUAGCGGCGAACACAGUCGUUCGGUCCAUUGUCGGAGCCUUCUUGCCGCUUGCCGGGCCUUCAAUGUAUGCGAAGCUAGGGCUGGGAUGGGGGAAUUCAUUGCUUGGGUUUGUCGCCUUGGGUUUGUUACCGGUGCCGGUGGUAUUCUACUUCUACGGCAAGAGAAUCCGCAUGAACUCACGGUAUCAGGUGUCGGUGGCAUAA